UUGGACUCCAUGCAUGCGAGGCUCCGGUCAAGCGGUUUUUGUAUCUAGUCCUGCAAAUUGUAUUUUCUAUAAUGACAAAACAUGCUGACGAGAUUACAGUUUAUCCUUGCGAAUAUCAAUAAUCGAAACUGAUUCAGUACAUGGUUUCAAGACUACAACUCCAUCAACUUAAAACAUUAUGGCGAAUGUUAACAAUUGCUGCCAAAAUUGUGGCAAAACUGAUUCUGAACUCCAAAAGUGCAAGCGCUGUAAAGUUGUCUUUUAUUGUUCUGACAUCUGUGAAAUGGAAGACCGUGAUGAACAUAGCAGAGUGUGUUCUGUAAAGAAUAUGGGCUUUGCAGUUGAUGCUGAACGUGUUAAACAAAAUAUUAAAUUGCAGAAGGAAAAACAGAUUGCUAUUCGGGAGAAAGAUAAUGAUGGUGAUGGUGAUGGUAAUAACAAGAAUGAUUAUGAUGAUGAUGAUGAUGAAUUUUAUUAUUUUGUUGAUGAUGAUGAUGAUGAUGAUGAUGAUGGGGCAACAGGCUUUAUUAAUUUGGAAGAUGUUUUCAACCCAAUUGGACUCCUUGGCCUCAUCAACCCUUUCAGCUUCAUGACUAAUCCAUUUUUAUUUUUCGAUCACCCGUUGAUAUGUCCCCGUUGCAAAGAUUUCAAAUUCCAGCAUAUUUUUUGCCCGAUAUGCAGGCAAGUGAGUUACUGUUCUCGAUGGUGUCUGUUGGUUCAUCUUCCAAUUCAUAGAUUCCUGUGCCAAGGACUAAAACGCCGGUGUGCUCGAUGUGAAAGAUCGGAUGUAGCAUUAACGAAAUGUUCAUCCUGCAACAAGGUAGAAUACUGUUCCACACUCUGUCGAAUUAUUGACUGGGAACACCACAAGACCUCCUGUGUGCUUCCAGAAUCUAGAGAUGACGAAAGUUUCGGUACAGGCUCAGAUAAAGAUCAAUGUGCCAGGUGUAAGAAGUCGGGUGUAGUGCUGAAAAAGUGUACUGGUUGCAACAAUGUACAAUAUUGUUCCAAAAUUUGUCAAACAACUGACUGGAAACAACACAAGCCUUCAUGCAAGACUUCAGAGACUAAAGUUGAUAAAAGUUCCAAUGGAAAAUCAGUUAAAAGUCAGUGUGCCAGAUGUAAAAAGUCAGAUGCAGUGUUGAAAAAAUGUUCUGGCUGCAACAUUGUAGAAUAUUGUUCAAGAGCUUGUCAAAGUGUUGACUGGACAGAUCACAAGACUUCAUGUAAAAGAUCAGUAAAAAGUCAAUGUGCCAGGUGUAAGAAGUCAGGUGCAGGGCUGAAAAAAUGUUCUGGCUGCAACAGUGUAGAAUAUUGUUCAAGAAUUUGUCAAACAACUGACUGGGAACAACACAAGACUUCAUGUAAAAGAUCAGUUAAAGGUCAAUGUGCCAGGUGUAAAAAGUCAGGUGUAGCACUGAAAAAAUGUGUUGCUUGCAACAAUGUGGAAUAUUGUUCCAAAGUUUGUCAAACAGCUGACUGGGAACAUCACAAGACUUCAUGCAAACCUGCUAAGACUGAAGAUGAUGAAAGUUCCAGUAAAAUAUCAGUCAAAGGUCGGUGUGGCAAAUGUAAAAGAUCAAAUGUAAAGUUAAUAAAAUGUCCAGCCUGCGACAAUAGAGAAUAUUGUUCCCAAGUUUGUCAAAUAGCUGACUGGACAGAUCACAGGAAAUCAUGCCAGAUUUCAGAGUCUAAAGGUGAAUGUGCCAAUUGUUCCAGGUCAAUGAGAAAAUGUUCAGGCUGUAACAGUGUAGAAAUUGUUCUAAAGAAUGUGAAAGUGCUCAUUGGAACAUCACAAGAUUCGUGCAAGCCUUCAAAAGUAGAAGCUGAUGACUCUUCCCCCAGUGAAAAAUCAGUUAAAAGUCAAUGUGCCAGGUGUAAAAAGUCAGAUGUAGCAUUGAAAAAAUGUGCUGCUUGCAACAAAAUAGAAUAUUGUUCCAAAAUUUGUCAAACAGCUGACUGGAAACAUCACAAGAAUUCCUGCAGAACUGCAAAGCCUAAAGAUGAUAAAAGUGCCGUUAAAAAAUCAGUCAAAGUUGGUUCCUUGAUUUAUGAAGCUGAAAAAUGUGAUAACUGUGGAAAGUUCGAUGAACAUUUAAAGGAAUGUGCCAAAUGCAAAAUUGCAAAAUAUUGCUCAAAAUCUUGUCAAAUAUCCGCAUGGCCUCUUCACAAGAAAUCCUGUAAAUCUUCCAAUAACUCGAAGGAUGCUAUGAGAGAUCAUCUCAUCAAAACCAUACGGUACGCACAAUGGCUGUUUCCUUCAUUCAAAAUAAUUUCUAUAUUCGUUGAUUUUAUAAAGGAAGUUGAAGCUAAUCAGAAAGGAAAUGUUCUUCUUGUUGCUUUCAUAGUAAAACAAGAAAUUGUUUUUUAUAAACCAAAUUAUAUAAUUACAGAUAUUGAUGGUUAUGCGAAAAUUUUGUUAUUUAAUUUCAAUGACCAGGAUCCAUCUCCAUAUUUUUCCUGGGAACAACUGAAACCAGAAAUGUGUAUUUGUAUCUUGAACCCUAAAAUUUGUCCAGAAUAUAAAGUUAUUUCAAUUGAUUCUGCUGAGCAAAUUCGAAUUAUGUAAAAUAUAAGAAAUUAAAAUUUUUAUCAAGCUUUUUUUUUUUACUUACCAAUGAAAAAUAUCUAUGAAAACAUCUAAAAAGAAAAAAAUUGUUUAUCUCUCUGUCUCUUUCACUUAC